UUAACCCAUUAGCCUGCAGCUAUAUGAACUAAGCCAUUCCUUAAAGCAUUCGCUGACAAACUAGGAAGCAACCGGUUAAAACACCCACAUUAACCGCCGUCCUAAGACCAGUCGAUUCGUGGAAUUGACAAUAUUUCAGGCCGUAGACGAUCUUUUAUCUCCGUUCUGCUAGAAAUCACAAUGUCGCUGUUAUAUUUCUUUCAAACAAGCCUCGAGUACCAUGGGAUAACUUCAAAAGAGCUUUAUCAACUAUGGUUCAAGCACGCUCAAGCUGCUUUUAAGAUGUACGAACAAGGAAUUAUGAAAUAUGCCUUCAAGAUAGCUGGAGAAAGAAAAGUUCUUGGAGUGAUGUCAGUGGAGUCACCCUCAGUACUGGACACUUGCUUUGUCGAGCUUCCUCUUUACCAGGCUAUCGGAGAUCAGUUACACUCGACAUUUACCCCGUUGAGACAAUACGAAGGAUUUGCGACAGAUGUGAGCGAUAGAAUUGGGAACGGAGAAAAAUACGGGAAUGAAAAGUCCACCUUAAAGAACGGCCUCUUCUACAUCCUGACGUUUACUGUGGAAUACGACCUUACCAUGACACAACAGGACCUGUUUGCUGUCUGGGCUGAGGAGGCUAAAGAGGCUCUCAAGGCAAAAAAGUCUGGAAUCAUCCUGGACUUGUGGAAAGUGGUAGCGGAACGUAAAGUUAUAGCCGUUGUCUGUGUGGAUGAUCCGACUGAUGUUGACAGAAUGUCACUGGACUUACCAGUCAUGAAAAAGAUGGGAAGCAAAGUCCAUAUAGAUUGCAAGUCGAUACGGCCGAUAGAGGAAUGGGCCAAAGAUCUACAAAAGCUAGCAGAAUAACAAGCAUGUAAUAGGGCCAUCGGAUUGUAAACCAUUCUCGCACUGAAUUGAAUUUAGAACGUAGUUAAUGAUAUAUUAAACUAUUAAGAAAAAGUCAGA